CUUAUCCAUUUGUUCCCAUCCAUUCGUCCUCCAUCCCUCCUCACCAGAUGGCCCUUCCUCUCCCUAUCCAAGGCUCUCUCUCCACGAGCUCUCUUCCCGGCUGCUCCUUUUGCCGUGCUCCCUCUCCACGCCACGAGCUCUCUCUUCCUUGCUGCUCCCUCUUCUCGGCGAGUUCUUUAUCCCCUGCUCUUCCUCCCUCGAUGUGGCGCAAGUUCUUCUCCAUUCAUGGAAGUGAGCCGGGAACCGGGACGGCCUGGAGACGUGUGCCACGAGCGCGGCCUAGCGCGCGUCAUCGCAGGAGUGGGACGUCACGCGCAGCGGAGCAGGGCCCGUGCAGGGGGGCGCACCGGAAGACGGUGUGCAUUGCGCGGUGCGGCUGCUAGAGGAAACAUAUUAGGUGAAGCGGUGAAGGCGUCGGGCCACCAGCGCACACGGAAGGCUUGGGAGCUCGCGGCUGCGGCGGAAAUUUGGCUCCAGAUGCUGCUGAUUUUGGGCGUGCGGCAAAUUGGAAGCUAGGUUAGGUAACUGUUGGAGUCCGAAUCUUCAGUUGACUCCAUCGUUUUCUGUACUCGCACACAACCUCACCCCAUGGCUCAGGCACGCGUGCGCUUCCCUCCCGCCGGCCCAACGCCGGCCACCGCCUUCUUCUCGGGCUCCAACCCCAGACCCGCCCACCUGCCCUUCUCCUCGAAGCGCGCCCCGGCCUCCCUCUACGCCGCCGCUGCCGCCAAUGCGCCGCCGGCCCCCAUCGUCGUCGUCGGCUCCGCCAACGCCGACAUCUACGUCGAGGUCGACCGCCUCCCUCUCGUCGGCGAGACCGUGGCGGCCCGCGCGGGGCGCAGCCUCGCGGGCGGGAAGGGCGCCAACCAGGCGGCCUGCGGCGGGCGGCUCGCGCUGGGCCCCACCUACCUGGUGGCGCGCGUGGGGGACGACGCCAACGGGCGGCUCCUCGAGGGCGCGCUGGCCGACGCCGGCGGCGUCCGCACCGACCGCGUCGCGCGCGCCCCCGACGCGCCCUCGGGGCACGCCGUCGUCAUGCUCAUGCCCGACGGCCAGAACUCCAUCAUCAUCGUCGGCGGAGCCAACAUGCAGGGCUGGGCCACUGGGAUCGGCGCGGAGGACCUGGAAUUGAUCCAAAAGGCCGGGGUGCUGCUGCUGCAGAGGGAGAUACCCGAUUGGGUCAACACGCAGGCUGCCAGGGCUGCAAAAAGUGCAGGCGUGCCUGUUAUCAUGGACGCUGGUGGAAUGGAUGCUCCUGUACCUCAAGAUCUACUCAGUCUAGUGGAUAUUUUUAGUCCAAACGAAACAGAGCUAGCACGUUUGACUGGGAUGCCUACUGAGACGUUUGAGCAGAUUAGCCAGGCUGCAGGAGAAUGCCAUAAAAUGGGUGUGAAAGAAGUACUUGUUAAGCUUGGAUCACAAGGAUCUGCUUUGUUUGUUGAGGGAGAGAAGCCAAUCGGACAGCCGAUUAUUCCUGCCACAGAAGUUAUUGAUACCACGGGGGCUGGUGACACUUUCACCUCAGCUUUUGCUGUAGCUCUGGUUGAGGGGAAGCCUAAGAAGGAGUGCAUGAGAUUUGCUGCUGCUGCUGCCUCAUUGUGUGUUCGAGUGAAGGGUGCUAUACCCAGCAUGCCAGACAGAAAAUCAGUGAUGAAGCUUCUGGAAUCUGUGCAAGUCGAAUAGCUGCAGAAUGCAUGGACCGCAUCACCAUCGGCAAUAAUGGCCUUCUCCAGGACGCGGAAUUCGUGGGAUCCAUGGAGCGUCGCCACACCUUCACGUGCGUGCUCCCCCCAAAUAAUGCGAGUGGAUCUCCAAACGGGAACGCAUUUCCCGGUGCCGCCCGGAGUAGUAAACCUCCUCUCCAAGAACCAAAAUAAGAAGCGGCGUCAUGCGCGCGCCUACGGCCACACGACCGUUUCCGUAUACACCCCCCAGGUUUCGUGAACAAUGGAACAGUUCGAUUCCACGCUGCCUUUCCCUGUGAUUUCAAUCCUGCCGAUGCCA